ACUUGAGACACGCUCGCUAAGUCACAAAGCUCGUGGUGGUACAUAUCUCAAACCGCGUGAUGGAGCCGAGAUGAGAUUAUGUUAGCGCAAAGGUAUUUUCCUAGCAUUGCAAAGUCCUUCUCCGGACAGCCUCACAAACUAGGGGUUUGAAAUCCCAGUAUUUCAGGAUCGAUAUGUGAGUUCAGGGCAGCCACCCCUACAAGCGAAGAUCUGAGCCUCAUCGUCAGUUUUCGACGAGUACAAAUAGUACUCUGGCGUCUCUGUGUCCUGAGCAUGGUUCCUCACCAUAUAUUGCGAGCCUUUACAUUUGUCUUAUCUUCAUCAUAAACCAGCCCCUUCUUCGAGUUCAGUCGACGGACACUCUCUUCAGCAUGCAUAUCUCGACCAAUGCUCUCUGCCUCACACUCUUCCUCUUCGCCACAGCAACGCUGUCUUCUCCGCUGCUCACUACCAAUACCCUACGUGAUCGCAGUACGCCAGUAAAGGCCCGCUCACCAGCGAAUACCUCGGUAAAUCCGCAAGCUGUUACCGGCACGACCUGCGAUGACCCCGGCGUGGCCCUCGUGUCCCACGACACGAACGUCGCCAUCUUAUCGAUCUGCGGUGGCAUUGCAGGGGCGAUCGAAUUUUGUGGCGGUGAUCCUGCAACGACAGUCGGUGCUUCAGGAACAGCCAAAUUCACACUCACUGCUUCAAACGCAGACGCAGGGGCCACGAUCAACGUGAGCAAGGGUCGGUGGGAGGGUUGUGUGAGGGCAGCGCAGGCUACAUGCCCGACUGGAACUUUCACAAGUAUUUGUGUGGGUGGAACAAGUGAUGGUGCUGGAUUUGAAUUUGUGUUAAGUGCCAACAAUUGAUCCGUUUGCGGACGUCUGGAAAGGGACGUUUCUUCAAGCGUCUUAAAGCUUCACAAUUGGCUGGCUAGUAUUUUCGGUCCUGUGGAGUUUCAGAUGCACCGAGCUGCAGAUGGUGUAAGUCAGCGGGCUACAAAACUCCGCAUCGAUUACGUGACUCAGUUUAUGCAAUGCACCUACGGUAUCGAAGCUGGUCCUCAAAUUGCCCGUAGGCAAGUUGUUGGAAGUUGGCCUUUGCUGAAAAGCAUAGCAGUGAGACAAAAUGACAGAAGAAUAUAGAUCA